UAUGAGUGAAGCACCAAAAGUUACUGAAGAGCAGGCCUGGCAGACUUGCGUUGAAGAUCUACGUAGGCAAGUGCCUAUGAAUAGGAUGCCAAUGUCCGAAGCUCUAAAACUGAUGCUGGACUUCGUAGCGGAGAAGAAAGGUGAAGAUUUCUUGCUUACGCAAGUCGGCAGAAAUAGCUGGACAGAAGCAAAGAAUAAUAAAAGUGGCGGAUGUAAUUUAAGUUAA